GGCGCAAACUGAUGACGCGUAAGCGCGCGUGGUGAGCUGAACAGCAUGGCGUCGGUGGCGCUAAGCGAGGCUGAGAAGGUUUACAUCGUUCAUGGAGUGCAGGAAGAUCUUCGAGUAGAUGGCCGUGGCUGUGAGGACUACCGAUGUGUUGAAGUAGAAACUGAUGUAGUGUCUAACACCAGUGGGUCUGCCAGAGUCAAGCUGGGUCAUACAGACAUCUUGGUGGGAGUGAAAGCAGAAAUGGGGACACCGAAGCUGGAGAAACCAAAUGAAGGCUACCUGGAGUUCUUUGUUGAUUGUUCAGCCAAUGCUACCCCAGAAUUUGAAGGGCGAGGAGGUGAUGACCUUGGCACAGAGAUCGCUAACACCCUCUACCGGAUAUUUAACAACAAGAGCAGCGUAGACCUGAGGUCCCUCUGCAUCAGUCCUCGGGAGCACUGCUGGGUUCUCUAUGUGGAUGUACUGCUGCUGGAAUGUGGUGGGAACUUAUUUGAUGCUAUUUCCAUUGCUGUGAAGGCUGCUCUCUUCAAUACAAGGAUACCAAGGGUUCGUGUUCUGGAGGAUGAAGAGGGGGCAAAGGACAUUGAACUGUCUGAUGAUCCUUAUGACUGCCUCCGACUGAGUGUGGAGAAUGUCCCCUGCAUUGUCACCCUGUGCAAGAUUGGCUGCCGGCAUGUGGUGGAUGCCACACUUCAAGAGGAAGCCUGCUCCUUGGCCAGUUUGCUAGUGUCAGUGACCAGCAAGGGAGUUGUGACAUGCAUGAGGAAGGUGGGGAAGGGAAGCCUGGAUCCUGAGAGCAUCUUUGAGAUGAUGGAGAGCAGCAAGCGAGUGGGCAAGGUGCUACAUAUGUCCUUGCAGAGCAUUCUACACAAGGAAGAAAGCCUGGGGCCCAAGAGGCCGAAAGUUGGGUUCCUGGGAUGAUGAGUCAUCACUCCUGUGGUGGACAUUGCUUAUUUCACUUCUCCAUUGAGACUGGUCAGCAAUAAGGAAGCCAUGGCUAUAGAGAAAGGUCCAAGCCUCCUGCCUGUGUGCCUGCCA